CUAUCUCCACAAUAACGUGCAACUUUGAUACUAAAUACGAUUUCCAAAUCACUUCUAAUCUACCUCUAUCUGCGGUUGGAAACUCACAAAAUGGCUGGUUAUAAGACCCAUCUCACCGCACUGCAAAAAACUGCCAAGGCUUCUCCAUUGGUCCCAGCGCUUAAAAUACCACAGCUCUCAUCAGAUGGUGACCUUCAAGGAUGGAAAGAUAUUUGCUACUCCCAGCUUUUACGUGACGUUGAGCAAUCGGCCAACUAUUGGUCCUAUGAGCUUUCGGAGAAGGGAAUCGACGCUGGAUCGGUCAUUGGAUUGUGGCUGAAGGGAACAACUUACCUGGAUCUCCUGCACAUAUGGGGCAUCUCCAGAGCUGGAUACGUUCCUCAGCUUAUUUCUUCUCACUUAACAAGCAACAACGUGGUCGCAGAACUCCUCAGCGAAGCCAAAGCAAAGGGACUUAUACAUGAUCCGGCGAUUACCGCUUCUGUGGGUGAAAACGUUUCCGCUUUCCCUGCAAGUGAUUUUCUCGAUUUGAAUAUUAAGCAGUACCCGCUGGCUGAAGUCAGCGGCCCUACGUCGGGUGAAGAGAUUGUUUUUAUUCUGCACUCUUCUGGAUCUACCUCUGGGAAACCAAAGCUGGUCCCUGCAACGGCUAGGUGGCUGGAUUGCAACAUUCGUAAAGCCCAGCAUUUCACGUUCCGCCCUUCAGGAGCUGAAGCCCAGGAGACAAUUGUAGCUAGUGGUAGCUUCUGUCACGUCGCGAGUACACUCGCAUUCAUUUCAUUCGUCGAUAGAGGCUGCUGCAUGGCUUUGCCGACAUCAAUCCCCUACUCACUUCCCGAACUACGAAGAAUUGUUAAGGAGUGUAAAGUCACGUUGUUUAACAUGUUUUCCUCGUUCUUAGCCGGCGUCAUCAAAGAAGCCCGCAAGGACCCCGAGCUUUUAGCAAUGCUCCAGAGCUUUGAUGCCUGCACCUGCGGUGGACUUCCACUGGAGGAGACUGAGGGAGCUUGGGCCCGGGAGCAGGGUAUCAACAUAGUCGACCUUUUCGCCAGCACCGAGGUUGGCUGCAUGUUGAUUGGCGUGGGAGGGCCAGAGGGGAAUUUACUGCGGCUGUGGCCGGAAUCAACAUUUGAAAUGAGACCCAUCUACGUUGCGCCAGAUGACACUAUAAACGGUGCGCCAAGCAAUACCGCCAAUGGCGCAUCGAGCGGGAAGCUGGUGGAACUCGUGGUCCCCAGACAUGCGCUUGAAUGUCCGCACCCCUCACUCUGUAACGAAAAGACAGGCGACUUCAUUACAGGCGAUAUCUUUCUACAGGUCGAACCAGAUCGUUACAUCGCCAAGGGCCGCAAUGACGACUGGAUCAAGAUGGAGAUCUCGCUACGCUGCGAUACGCAGUCCAUUGAGAAUAACGCAAUUGAGAUGUGUGGCAAAGACCUCAUCAGCGCCGUCGUGGUCGUUGGAGCCGCUAGAACUUCGCCAGCGCUUCUUGUCGAGGCCAAGCAAACCGAGGGUCAUGAUGAAUUGCCGGCUGAGAUUUUGCGUCGGAUUACCCCAUUCCAUGAGCGCAGGUAUAAACAUGAGCGUAUCCUAGACUCACGACUUAUUAUCGUCGUGCCUAAUGGUGCACUACCAAGAACUCCAAAGGGUAGUAUACAGAGGAAAGUUGUUGAGAGAGAGUUUAAAAAAGACUUGGACAGGAUUUAUUCGGAGGUCUAUCCCAGGAUGCGAAACUGAGAUGUAUCAGCAAGGUAAUAAAUUGACUUAUUUGUGAG